CGCGAUAGCACCAAGUUACGUGCUCCUUAUCAGCCGAAGCGCCCGUGGAGUUUACCACGUCGGCCCUCCGUGACGCCGAUUCCGAUCCCUCGGCGAUCUUCGUCUGUCCGACAGGUCCGACAAGCGCCGUGACGCCCCGGCGUCCUUUAUCCCAAACGACGAAGCUCAGCUCGCCGCGCGCGCUCGCGGAUCUUCGAAAACGGAACACUCACCGGGUCGCUGGUCUCCCUCCACCUCCCUCACUCUGCUCUUCGACCUCGAGCGUUUCUACCAUCCCCCCUAGUACCUUGGGGACACAAGAGGAAAGACAAUAGUUUCUAGACGGGUGCAGCGGUAGGCUGUGGGCAUUCAAAGGCGAACCUGCCGGUACCACAAACCUGACACGCGCACGCCGUCCAGCCCCUUGACUUCUCCGUCCCAGAGCCUCGCUCUCCGACAUUGAGAAACCAUGGGCAAUUCAAGCUCCAAGGAUGCCGCCGCGCCAGCGAAGGCAGCGGGAAACGGCGACGAAGGCCUGCAGUCAUACCCCUCCUUCAGUAGGUCCGACACCAGAGAGUCCUCCCGCUCCUUUCGUUCGCUGCGAUCCAAAAUCCCCGGUUCCAGCAAGACGGAUAGCCCCCGAAGCUCUGCCGUACUAGCGAGCGGCGACACGCCGGAUAAGUCGGACGCGGCUUCGCUCAAGUCUGGGAAGAGCGGGAGGUCGCCGCACGGCCGGGCCAAUCGCUCCGACUCGCUUCCAUCGCCGAGCUCGCCGCCGUCGCCCGACACGCCCACGGUGGCCUCUCCGCCCGCCGAAGACAUUCCCCCUCCGUCGCCCAUUCAGUCGUCGUCGAUGAAGUCGGGAGUGCAUGACGUCUCUGCCGCCCAAGCCAGCGGAGAAGUUGAUCAGGUUUCUGACCAGCCGCCCUCUGGUGCUACCAACACCGACACGGCUGUACAGCAACCCGGGAAGAGCAUCCUUGUAAAGCGCGAGGACGCGCCCAACCCAAUCUUGGGAACCGUCACGCCGGGGACGCCCAAGGACGAAUCCACGUCGGGCAUCGCGAUGAGCGACAUCAAGGAUAUUGACCUUGACGACUUUAUCAAACGCCUUCUGGAUGCCGCCUAUGCCGGUAAGGUCACCAAGAGCGUCUGCCUAAAAAACGCCGAGAUUACGGCCAUCUGCCACCGUGCCCGAGAGGUCCUGCUCACCCAGCCGGCCCUCCUGGAACUGGAUGCUCCCGUCAAGAUUGUCGGAGAUGUUCACGGCCAGUACACGGACCUUAUUCGCAUGUUUGAGAUGUGCGGCUUCCCACCAAAGUCCAACUAUCUGUUCCUGGGUGACUAUGUGGAUCGUGGCAAACAGUCCCUUGAGACCAUCCUGCUACUGCUUUGCUACAAGCUCAAGUAUCCUGAGAAUUUUUUCCUGCUUCGUGGCAAUCACGAGUGCGCCAACGUCACACGCGUGUACGGCUUCUAUGACGAAUGCAAGCGGAGAUGCAACGUGAAGAUAUGGAAGACCUUUAUCGAUACCUUUAACUGCCUUCCCAUCGCCGCCAUCGUGGCGGCCAAGAUCUUCUGCGUUCACGGGGGCUUGUCUCCGGCGCUUAGCCACAUGGACGACAUUCGGAACAUUGCGCGCCCUACAGAUGUUCCCGAUUACGGGCUCUUGAACGACCUGCUCUGGUCCGAUCCCGCUGACAUGGACCAGGAUUGGGAGGCCAAUGAGCGAGGGGUUAGCUACUGCUUCGGCAAAAAGGUCAUCACCGAUUUCCUUGCGGGCAACGACUUUGACUUGGUCUGCCGGGCUCACAUGGUAGUUGAGGAUGGCUACGAGUUCUUCACGGAUCGGGUCCUGGUCACCGUGUUUAGUGCACCCAACUACUGCGGAGAAUUUGAUAAUUGGGGCGCUGUCAUGUCUGUGUCUGCCGAGCUCCUGUGCAGCUUCGAGCUGCUCAAGCCUCUAGAUUCAAAUGCCCUCAAGAGCCAUAUCAAGAAGGGCCGGAAUAAGCGAGCCCAGAUGCUCAACAGCCCGCCUGCGGGAUUGCACCCCCAGAGUGUUUGAAGGAAACAGCCAUGUUACGGCGCCCUCAUACUCGGUAGUACAUCGUCCUAGCCGUUGCCUGAGGAAGCACUAGGCUACAGAGACCAACGAGAAAACAUAACACGAGCCGAGCCGUAGGCUCGGUUCAAAGACAAACAGUGCACUUUGAAGCACGCAGAAACGGACGGGUUCAGGAAACAACAAAGAACCCGUGAUG